AUGUCUCACGACAAAUAUCAAUCACCUUUGGUCUCUCGUUAUGCAUCCAAGGAGAUGGCCUACAACUUCUCCGAAGACAAGCGUUACUCUACCUGGCGCAAGCUAUGGCUCAACUUGGCUAUUGCUGAAAAGCAACUCGGUUUGAAUGAUAUUACGGAUGAAGCUAUUGAACAAAUGAAGGCCAACAUCUAUAAUAUUGAUUACAAGGUCGCUGCCGAAGAAGAAAAGAGACGUAGACACGAUGUCAUGGCUCACGUUCAUGCUUUUGGUUUGGUUGCUCCUGCAGCUGCCCCCAUUAUCCAUUUGGGUGCCACCUCUUGUUAUGUCACAGACAAUGGUGAUUUGAUUAUCUUACGUGAUGCUUAUGAUAUUGUUAUCAACAAGCUUGUUCAUGUCAUUGACAAGCUCUCCAAGUUUGCUGAACAGUAUCGUGCCUUACCUACCUUAGGUUUCACUCACUUCCAACCUGCUCAAUUGGUUACUGUUGGUAAGCGUGCUACCUUGUGGAUCCAGGAAUUAUUGUGGGAUCUGCGUAACUUUGAGCGUGCCCGUAAUGAUUUAAAGUUACGUGGUGUCAAAGGAACUACGGGUACCCAGGCCUCUUUUAUGGCCCUUUUCAACGGCGAUCAUGACAAAGUAGAACAAUUGGACCAGUUAGUUGUCGAACUCUCCGGUUUCAAGGAAGCCUACCCUGUCUGCGGUCAAACAUACUCUCGCAAGAUCGACAUUGACAUCCUCCACCCUCUUUCUGGCUUUGGUGCUACUGCUCAUAAGAUUGCUACUGAUAUCCGUUUAUUGGCCAAUCUAAAGGAAGUUGAAGAACCCUUUGAAAAGGACCAAAUCGGAUCCUCUGCCAUGGCCUAUAAGCGUAAUCCCAUGCGUUCCGAACGUAUCUGUUCCCUUUCCCGUCACUUGAUGAUCCUUGUCAACGAUGCACUUCAGACCAGUGCCGUUCAAUGGUUCGAGCGUACCUUGGACGACAGUGCCAACCGUCGUAUUUCUCUUCCUGAAGCAUUCUUGACGACCGAUAUCAUAUUAACUACCCUUCAAAACGUCUGUGAGGGCAUGGUUGUCUAUCCCAAGGUCAUUGAACGUCGUAUUCUGCAAGAACUUCCUUUCAUGGCAACCGAAAACAUCAUUAUGGCUAUGGUCAAGAAGGGCGGUGAUCGUCAAGAAUGCCACGAACAGAUUCGUGUCUUGUCUCAUCAAGCUGCUCAUGUCGUCAAGAUGGAAGGUGGUGAAAAUGAUUUGAUUGAGCGUGUCAAGAAGACCGAAUACUUUAAGCCUAUUUGGGAAGAACUCCCUGCCUUGCUCGAUCCGUCUACCUUCAUCGGUCGUGCUCCCGAACAAGUCGACUCUUUCUUGCUCAAGCAUGUCAAGCCUGCCUUGGCUCCUUAUGCCGAUGUACUCAAGGAGGAAUCCAAGGCUGAAUUGUCAGUUUAA